AUGGCCGUAGUCAUCGAUUGCGGACUGCGGCGCAUUUCGAACCUGGAGCCUGUGAGACAUUCCCUGGUCAAGAUGUGCCUCUGCGACCAGGGUCUGAAGAAGAUGGAAGGCCUUUGCCUGCCGGGUCUCAGGGAGCUCUACUUGCACCAGAACAAGAUAUCCAAGAUCGAGGGGUUGGACGGAUGCCCAUCUCUCCGACGCCUGUGGCUCUUCUCCAACCGCAUCACGGUCAUGGAGGGGCUCCACCACUGCGGCGCUCUGCGCGAGCUGUGGCUACACGACAACAGGAUCACCGCUGCGGCCGGCAUGCAGUCGCUUGUCCACCUGCAGAACCUUGGCCUGGCUGGAAACCCGAUUGUUGGCGUUCGCCACUUGUCGGGGUUGCGUGGCCUCCCCUCGCUGAUGGAGCUGACUUUGGACGACAUCCACUUCGGCACCUGCCCCGUCGUGGCUAAGGCGGGCUACCGGAGCUUCGUCUUGCGCUGCCUUAGCCAGGUCCGGCGGUUGGAUGGGUUGGAGGUUAUGGAGGCCGACCGGGCCGAUGUGGAGCACAAGUACGAGCAGGAGGCGCUGGCGUACCAGGAGAGGCUAGAGGACAUCGAACGCCGGAAACUCGCCGAGAUUCAGCAGGCAGAGAUGGCCCGCCAUGGUGGGGUGGAGCGAGGGUCGGAGGCCAAGGCGGAGAUGAUGAGGGCGCUGAAGGCGCUGGAAGGCCUGGUCAAGGAGGGCAGGGCGGCCAUCUCAAGAGAGCAAUCCAGACAAGAAAAGGAGAAGCGCACUCGACUGGAGCGCGACUACGCCCAGCUCGUGGCCCAGCAACAGAGUCGGGUCGUUCAAGGGGUCGCAAUACAAGAACUCAGCGAUCACUCGCCGGACUUCCAGAGGUUGCGCAUGGAAGUCCUGGAGAAUCAGAGAACGCAGAGCGGGCGGAUGGAGCUGAUGAACGUCUUGCGGGCGUGUCGCCUGUACAACCGAAGACUUUGCGAGGGAUUCUUGGCGUCGGGUGGGAAGUCGUCGCCGACGGUCCGCCUCUACAUCUCCGUCAGCGGAGCGGUCAUCCUUCAGCUGGCGGUCAUCCUCCCACCAGACCAAGCCCAGAUCGACACGAACGCCCAAGAAAGGCCUCCCAGAAGGGGGGGAGGGGGGGGUGCGGCAGGCAGUGGGGCACGUGGCCCCAACCGGAGAAUCGGGGUGCAGAAAGGAGCAGCCGCAGGAGGAGGAGGAGGAGGAGGAGGUGCGAGCUUGGCAAGGGUUGGAGGAGCCACGGUGCCCGCCGAGCUCGUCGAGCGAGUCGAGGCGUCCGGGCGCGUGACCCGCGUCGUGGGGCAGGCUCCGGCGGGAGGAGGAGCGGGGCGAGAGUCGUCGCCAACGUCUUCGUCGACACCCGAGAGGAACGCUUUCGCCGACGCCGGUGGUGAGGCUGAGGACAGCGGUGGCGCGGCUAAGGGCGCGUCUUACUUCAUUUUCCCCGAGCGCUGCUUCCCGCUGGCGUUGCCAGAGUUUCACGUGCUUUGUGCAUCCGGGGCGGUGGGCGAGGACAAGAGAUCGUUGGACGGAGCGCUGUCGAAGCUCGGCGCGGACAACUUGCUCGGACCGGCGCCAGCGGCAGACCUGCUCCUGCAGGUGGAGAACAAGAUGGAGGAGCAAGUCAAGGCCUACCUUAAGCGGAUGCAAGAGGACGUGACCCCAGCCGAGGCGUCGAGGCUGCAGGCGACCCACGGCAACCUACGUUGGAAAGCGGCGAACGUGGCCAGCCUCAGGGCCGACGCGGACGAGCAGAGGGCCCUCCAAGAGGCGAUCCUGCGCCACGAGACACAGGAGGAGCAGGAGAAUAAGGAGGAUGGUGGCGGCGGUACCGUAACACGCGCACAGCAAGCGCAAGUGUCGCUGCCCUCCAGAACAUGACCAACAUGACGCGAUGAUAAUGCUUUCUUCGGUUUAUAUGUUGUGAAAGGUCGAGAUCGAAUGAACUCAGGAGUUUGUUUCUCCGGCGGCUUGGGGUACGCGUGUACCGUAUACGUUAGAUGGCGUCGAUAAACGCUAACGCUGCUUGAUUGUAGGGCGGUGGUCCUCCACUAGUCGAUGUAUUGUGUGUCGUCCAUGUGCACCUUACGAGUUGCGUUGAAGCAUACAUGCAGCCAUCGUGGUGAGGACCUUGUUCGCGUCCACGUGCACGGCACUAGCACCACAACAAACAAACGAGUCCAAUAAGUCUCGAAACAGGAUGUCAUGUCAGAACAUAAGUACCGACAGUACUCGGCACUUUAAAGUAUUAAAGACCACCAGGGCAGCUUCAUCCCCCAACACAUUUGGUCCAGUGCAGCACCCCCCCUCCUCUCCAACUAUGCAUACCUGUACCUCAACACGCACGCUAACGACAUCGUUGCCAAGUUGUGGCGUGCCAAACACCGCGGUGUGUUCGUUGCUUUUUUUGCUCUCACUAACAACAACAAACCGUGCACAACUCGAAAAACGAUCCAUGACUAACCUGUAGAGGCCCGCACGGGACAAAAUGGCCGGAUAAAACAGACAAGAACGACCCGCCCCCACCCUGCACCCCAACCGACUCACAAACAAGCGCCAAGGAUACACAAACCUCUGCCCUAGGCUCAUAACAAACACAUGAUACGUAUUAAGACCAAUGUGGAAUAUCGUUCGGUCUCCCGAGACACGGCCAUCAAAACCCCUGUUUUCAGAUAUUUCCGGCCGGUUGCCUUCUAGCUAAUCUUGUUGGCAACGUAGGGGCCCACGGCACGCACCCUACUCCCCCGGUUUCCCGUACAACCGAAUGAAACGCUGAGCCAUGCGAGUAACGACCAAUAACGUGUGCUUUGCACCACUAGGUCGUUCUCUCUCUCUCUCUCUCUCUCACCAAAUUCUCGUUAUUUCUCUUUCUCCCUCUACAUUCGAGAGUGGAGCGGGAGAUACCAAGAUACGUCAAGUCAGCCAGUCUGUACUUUUGUAUACACAGCACCGCAACGGCGCCAAACUUUUGAGUCCCGUUCCCACCCUCUCCAUGAUUGAUUUUAAUUCCCCUCGGCCUCCCUUUCCUCCUCUCGUCGCACAUUUUGGUUGCGAGAUCGCGUGCGUGGGGUCGUGUGUCUAAUGCGUUGGAGGAAAAGGCAACACCAAAACAGCCCAACGAUAGCAGUCUA